AUGUUCAGAGAUCAGAGGGUUCAGGGGAUGUAGUAUCUCAGUCAGUUCCCACUCCAUGGGUGCAACCCUCAAUGUUCUAGAUUUAUGACGUUUUCUCUGUGACAUGGGACAGUAACUCAACCUCACCUAGACUCUGGUCCCUUAGUGUUGGAUUAGGAACAAUAUUCAUGGUUCCCAAUCCACUAAGUCUAAUUCGGCCCGUUAGAGGCCAGCUUCAGCUUGUUAGGGUCUCUGCCUCCAACUUUACUGGUGAUGAGAAGGUUCAAGUGAAUGAAGAAAUAGUGAGAUGGGACAAGGAUGAUUCUGUCGUGGGCCAUGCUUCUUCUUACUCACCUUGGUUUUCCAGCAGUCACGUUGGCAUGUGGCAGCACUGGCUUUCCCUCUUAAGGCAAAGUUUGUGAUGCACUUUGCUACAUUUAGCUUAUUAAGACUCUAGUAAGGGAAAGUCCCUGUCACUUAGUCUCAUGUUGAUGGAAAAGACAGAUUCAAUGGGUCCGGGUUGGGCUAGUCUUAGACAUUCCCAGUGUACACACUCUCUUGUGGGAUGAGAUAUUGCAGGAAGAACUGAGUUUUUCUGAGUUUUCUUGUGUGUCCACAGAUCCCCUUAGAAAAGAAUGACUCCUGGAAAUGCCUCUUCUGUGACUGAAUUCAUUCUGGUGGGAUUAACAGACCUAUCAGAACUCCAGCUUCCCCUGUUCUGCCUAUUUCUAGUCAUGUAUGUGGUCACUGUGUUGGGAAAUAUGGGCUUGAUCAUUUUAAUUGGGCUGAAUUCAUACCUACACACCCCCAUGUACUUUUUCCUCUUCAAUUUGUCCUUCAUAGACCUCUUCUAUUCUUCAGUAUUGACACCAAAAAUGCUGAUGAAUUUCCUAUCAAAGAAAAACAUUAUCUCUUAUAUGGGAUGCAUGACCCAGCUUUACUUUUUCUGUUUUUUUGUAAUUUCUGAAUGCUAUGUGCUGACAUCAAUGGCCUAUGAUCGCUAUGUGGCCAUCUGUAACCCACUUUUGUAUAAUGUUGUCAUGUCCCCUAAAGCGUGUUCCAGCCUUAUGCUUGGUUCAUAUUUGAUGGCAUUUUCGGGUGCUAUGGCCCACACAGGAUGCAUGCUGAGACUGACCUUCUGUGAUGCAAACACCAUCAACCAUUAUUUGUGUGACAUCCUCCCUGUGCUCCAGCUUUCCUGCACAAGCACCUACGUGAAUGAGCUGGUGGUUUUCAUCGUGGUGGGCAUCAACAUCAUUGUGCCCAGUGUCACCAUCUUUGUGUCUUAUGGUUGCAUCCUCUCCAGCAUCCUCCGCAUCAGUUCCACUGAGGGCAGGUCCAAAGCGUUCAGCACCUGCAGUUCCCACAUAAUUGCUGUUUCCUUGUUCUUUGGGUCAGGUGCAAUUAUGUAUCUUAAACCAUCUUCUGUUGGGUCUAUGGAUGAGGGUAAAAUCUCUUCUGUCUUUUAUACCAAUGUGGUUCCCAUGAUGAACCCCUUAAUCUAUAGUUUGAGGAACAAAGAUGUUAAAAUUGCUCUGAGAAGAACCCUCGGUAGGAGAGUGUUUUGAUCAGAAACAGUGUCUGUUUAAGUGGUCAUAGGGUAGGGAUAUUUCGUGUGUUUAUUUAUAGUAUCUUUAGUGGAAGUCUUCCUAUCCUGUUUCUCACUGUGGUGAAGGAAAUAUGAGUCUUCUCUCAAUCUGUUUCUGUUUUUUUUUUAGGUUUGAUCUGAUUCCUUUGAUUACCAUUUUUACAACUUUUGCUCCUUUUCCUCAUUUUUCCUAUUUAAGAAUAACAUUAAGAAACAUAUUCUAAGAUUAGAUUAUUUAACCUCUAAUAGCUUCUCUUGUUUAUAUAUGGAAGGAUAUUUUAAGCCUAAUUAUACUUUAGAAUCACUUGUUGAACUUAAAAAAAGAUGGAGAUACUGAGUCUCAAAUCCAGAGCUUAUGAAAUGGAAAACAGGAUAUAUAUGCAUGUUUUAAAACUUCAUGGGUUAAUAUGCUGCUCACCAAAAGUGAAAGACUUGAUGUAAAAAAGGAGAAUAAUAGUAUCUUUUUCACAGGUCUAUUGGAAGCAACAAAUAAAAUAAUGUGGCAACUACCAUCAGAACAUAAAAAAAAAAAAAAGAAACAUAUUUAUCUGUUUUUUAAAAUGUCAUUAAUGGACUUUUUUCCUGGAAAAAGAUGAAUGAUUUAACAAAUGAUCAAUAAAAUAACACAAGUGUUACCUUGUGCAUUGGGGGGUUUCUUAAAUGACACUUGUAAUGUGCAGUUGGAACCAUGAACUAGACAAUCUGUCUCUAUUCCUUUCUUUCCAUUGUACUGUGGUCAGGAUUAUGACUCCUUCAAAUGCCAAUGUUUCACAAUUAUAAAAGAUUCCAUAACAACUAUCAAUUUUACUCCACUUUGCAGCUGCAAACCCUACACAUUAAACUUCUUUUAGCAGAGAUUUCAUUUUUACCACUCAAAGUCACACAUAAUAGAUUGUUAAUAUUUAUUGGGGUUAAUGAUUAAAGUCACACAGCUUCUUCAUAGAGAAGUCUAGAAUAGACUAUUAGCUACUUGAUUUCAAGUCAACUACUUUUUCUAGUAUACUUUCUAAUUCACUUUAUUUUUAUUUUAGUAAACAUGAAAUAUAAGAAAACUUUUCUAUUUUGAAUGCUGACAUUUUUGCAAGAAAAGAAAAAUGUGAAAUGUUUUCAGAGUCUUCUAAUUAAAACAAGACACAGGAAGAAAGAUUUUCCAGGAACAUGCCAUUAUUCUAUGGCCCAAAGAGAUAUAUGGCCAAUAAAUCAGAGGUCCCUCAGUAGGGAAUGGACAAUAAAAUUUUAGAAACCAUAUUUCAUUCUGAAUUUAUAACCUGUUCCAUAGAAUACUGUAAUUAUCCUUCACUUUCCAUGAAGUUUUCAUUAAAACUUAUAAUAUACCCAUAUUAAUAGUGGUCUUGGGAAUGAAGACCAAUAGCUAUGCUCACAUUUGUAGGGAACCAGGUAGGGUAAGUAGAGAUAAAAUAAUGAGUUGUAAUCAAGUUAGGAAGAAGGAAUAGAGUGUAAAAUGAUGAGAAAGGAAAGUUUUCUGUGACUCCAUUCUUUUGGGAAGGCCCUAGAAAUAGUAUGUGGAUGACAGGAUUUCUCUUGAUAGAAUAAAAUCUUAAGUUAUUUGAUAUUUAAAAAGUUAAAUUCACAGGACUGGUAGACCUGGGAACAAUAAAAUCACCUCUGAUUUUUGGUGGCUUUCAUAUGUUACUCCCGUAUGGAUUUUGAAGUACGGAAAUCUCAAACUGCAGCUAGAACAAUGGCAACUUGAAAGAACUAUUUGGUCUAUGGCCAUAACACCCUGACUGCGCCCAAUCUUGUCUGAAUGCGCUAUUUGGUGAAUAAAUGAAAUGGUGACAGUGUCUUUUCUGUAGUGGAAUGUUGGAUUGUUUUUCUUUUGAGAAAACGGCAAAUUGAUGAACACUCAAAAAUCCUUAAUAUGUUGCAUGGAGUGACAACUUAAACAUUUUCUAAGAUAACUUUAAAAACAUUCACUAUUUUACUCUUUUUCCAAUCUCUACUCACUAUUUAGGUAUUUUGAAAGUUAGCAUAGCUAGAUUGUUGGCUUGAUUGUUUUUGAGGCAUUUGGCAUUGCUAAAUCCAUGACCUGUGGUUUUAAAUGACCACUCAUUUCCCAUGUUCUGACCCAAUAUUAAUAUGCUUGAUUUUCACUAUUUAUAUAAAAAAAGGGGUCGUGAGUGGAGUUUUUAUUUUGCUUUUGUUUUACUGUGUUGAUAAAAUUGUUUUCCAUACUGGGAGAAAAGUUUAUGGCUGUGGUAUUUGGGAUCCUUUGAAGACAUUGCAGACUGCAUUCACUCUUCAUGUAUUUUAUUGCUCUUUUGAGGUGGACCAAAGAGUGGAUUUAAAAGUCAUUGAUCUUUCAUAUGAUGAGAUUCAAAUACAAAUGACUUCUGUUCCAAUUUCAGGAAAAGAAAAUCCUUUAUUUAAAAUUAGAUCCCAUUCUUUCAGAUUAUUUUGGAAAUUAUUAAUAAAAAAGCAGAUAAAAAGACAUUGUAAAAUUUAAGGUGCUAAAGUUUUAAGAGGCAAAUUGGUUUUUUAGUUAAUGCAUUUAUAAGUACUAUGAAACUAUUUGGACCUCUUUCAAAGAGAGGAAUAUGUCAGAGGAAACAAGUCAGGUGUUUUAC